CCUGGCUACUACUAGUACCACCAUUGACCAAGGCUGAACAUCAUAUGCCAUUUUCUUCAAAGCCCAUCAAUCCGUCACCGCUCCAUUCAAGGUUGAAGCGAAAUCCUGCACUGUUCGGUGUUCCCUUUCUUCUCAUCAUAAUUGGGGCCUCGUUUGGUCUUCAGACUUUCACACAAACUCGAUAUGACCUACAGGACCAGAAAGUCAAGCAGAUGAGCAGCGAGCAAGCUCUAGGUCUUGAUCGCAAAAAGAAAAAGUUUGAUAUUAGGGAGGAAUACUAUAAACUAAGUGCUGCUGGAGAGCAAGACUGGGAACCCAAAAGAAUUGCAAGACCCAAUGACUUCCCAGAAUUGGGUGUUCCCCCCACUGAGCCUCCAGUCAAGCCUUGAUAUGUCUCAGAAUGCCGGCUGUGAACCGGUACACUCUCAGCCGCUCAGUGACCCGCGCUCCAGGCAACCUUCGUUCCGACUUGUAUGAUUGGCGAUACCUCAGUUCCCGUAGCAGUGGAGAUCCGGAAUAUCAUCUACUGCUGGACAUCACCUCUCCUGCAUAUGAUGAUACGCAGAUCAGGGGCGAGUGUACCUUAGUCCUUUCUACUGUCAUACUCUUAUUCUAUUUCUAUUCUAUUGUUCCGGGAUGACAUAACGACGACAUCAAGGUGGUUUUGUUUUUUACACCUCCGUUUUAUUGUGAACAUACUACUGUCUGACGUGGCCAUUAAAACUAAAACUGUGUGCAGCGAAGUAUUCACAGGCAUCGUCAAACUUAUUGCGAACGAUCCUGCAAUAUCCGUUGUGUAUGCCGACUCGCUUGCAUUAGCAGAAGAUUUGGUAGAGGUUGCAUUGAAAAUGACAAGUGAUC